UCAACAUUUGAUCGAUGAAGUAGUGUGUUUAUUGAUCGGUUAGCUGAGAUCAAAAUAAAAAAAAUUAUGCAAAAUAAAAACAACCAAGAAUAGUUCGUUUGCAUUUUGAUUAAGAUCAAAUGUGUCUGCGUUGCGCCAUAUCGUCAUCAUGUAGAAGAACGUCUCUAAAAUUGGAUUGAACUCCGAAAGCAAAAAGAGAAAGACACAGAAUUUGAUGAGAGAUAUGACAUUUAUUUUUUUCUCAUUUCGUUGUUGUCGAUUCUUCUUCGUCUUGGGUCCAGCUCGUUCACUUCACCAUAUAUACAAUUUCUCACACCAACACAUGCACAUUGCGAAUGAAUGAAUAAGUCAACUGUACAAUAGUUGAAGAUCAAUAAGACAGUUUGCGGCAUCGUUUUCUUGGCUUACUUAUUGUCGUCAUUCGAAACCAUCAGCAUCAGCAGCAUCUUCUUCUUUUUCGUUCUCAUCGUCGUUGUCGACGGUCGACAUCAGUGUCUGGGCUCUUUUAACACACACACACAUAGCGCUCAAUCGGUCGCGUCGCUUGGCAGCUACAAAAUGAAUUCCGUGAAAGAGAGAACAACACGCAGAGAACGAAGAAGCACUGAAUCAGUGCCGUAAAUGUCUGUUCAGUUGGAUUAUCUCGGUUGCUGCCUCAUGAAACAGACGCACAAAGAAGUGAAUAAUAAAAACGAAAGAAAACAACAUACACACAAAAGAAAACCACCAACAAAAAACAUAAAAACGUACGCAAAAAGAAUUGAAAAAUAAAGUGCUGUCGUUGAACGAAACUGCGUGAAUACGCACUCACUAAAAUAAAACCAUUUAUAAUUAAAAAUUGAAAAUUUGUAUAGACGUGUUUCGCACGCGCGUUUGUAUGAGUGAGUGUGCUUCUUACAAAUCAGUCAGUUCAUUUAUUGUGUGCCGUUGUUGUACACGUGAAACGUGGGAAUAAUACUCAAUUCAAUUUAAAUCAUCGAACCGUGGUAAAAGUGCUACAAACUCAAUUUUUAGUGCAUUUAAAUUGGAUAAUUUUCGUGCUAUUUUCAUCGUGUUUUGGUGUAAUGAAGAACGAUUUUACUGUUUAUAAACAAAAUUCAAACUGAAGUAGUGUGUUCCCGGACAUAUUUAGAUUCCAAUAUAAAAGAGUGUUGUUUAAACGAUAAUUUAUACGAGAGAGAGUUAAUUGUGACCGAAUUAAUUGGUGUUCGUUUCGUAUUAUCGAAACCAUAGUGAGAAAAGCAUUAAAUGAACAUAGACAGAAGAGAGCUUAUAUCGUGCACGUAAAACCAGUUGUGUAACCAAUAUUUUAAUAUUUCAUUUGUUGAACAUUUUGUUGUUAUCAAUCGUCAUGUCCACUUCGACCAGUAAAAGUUCAGCCAUCCCAAAAAUAGAGAAUGUCCCAUCCACAUCAGUUAGCAAACAAUCAAUUCCACAGCCAAUCAGUUCACAGUCCAAAAGUAAUAAUCAUCAUCAGGCAAAUCCAUCACAAAUUCCAAGCCAUUUGUCAUUGCACCAAAACGUUCAAAAAUCACACGGUAUUCCAUCGAUAAUACCACAACCACAAAAACAUUUACAACCGCCUCGGUAUCAACCGCCACCGCCUGCACCCGGCGGCAUUUUAAAGAACAUAUCGCCACAACGAUCCGGCAUUCCAACACCACAAUUUCAUCAAUCGUCACAUGCGACUGAGACAAAUGCGCAUUUAAACCUGAAAUUCCCACAAGAAGUGCCUAAACUAACGACCGUCUAUAUACCAGACAGAAAUCCAGGUACAUCAUCUCGCAUCGCCACCGCCACUGCCACCGCCAGAUCGUUGCAGCAACAACGUCAAACAAUUAACGGUUUACAAUCACAACCAUCGCCACAUUUAUCUACCACAGACGACGAACAAUCCACAUCCAGCAGAAAUCAUCAACAAGAAAUGCUGAAAUUUGUUCGUAAAAGUGAUACCGAUUCCGUUUCUGCACAUUCACCAAAUCCAAAUGCCAUACCAUCGGCCAAUAAUGUUAUUCGCAUGAAUACAACCGAACAAAGUCGACAUUUUCAAUCGCUGCUUGCCGAAUUACGUCAAUUGAAAGACGCCAAUCAACGGUUGAGUGAUGACAAUCAAGAAUUACGAGAUUUGUGUUGCUUUUUAGAUGACGAUCGUCAGAAGGGACGUAAGUUAGCGCGCGAAUGGCAACGAUUCGGACGGUAUACAGCAAGUGUAAUGCGACAAGAAGUCUCGGCAUAUCAGAACAAACUCCGUCAAUUGGAUGAUAAACAACAAGAGUUAAUUCGCGAUAAUUUAGAACUCAAAGAAUUAUGUUUGUAUUUGGAUGAAGAGCGUGCCAAUGUCAGUGCAUCGAUUCCAUCGAGUUGUUCGAAUUGUGGAACAGCAAUCAGAUCCACAUCGACGAAUUCGUCAAAUGCUAUGCGAGACGAUGGCGAUGGUAGCAGCUCAAGUACAAAUGACGAACCGAUGCCAUCUGUGCGCCAAUUUUCUGUUCCGGAACAACAGUCUCGUUCAGCGCUGAGCGAUCAAACGCUUCAGUACGUGCGUUCGCUGGAACGGCGUCUUUUGGAGCAUGAACUUGCCAAUGGAAAUAAUAAUGUUGAAAAUAGUGCCAAUCUUGCCGCAUCAAAUGCCAAUAAAAACUCAACCGCCAACGGAAAUGGAAGCAGCAAUAACAGCAAAAGUGCAACGGAAACGAUUAAUUCGAAUCUCGAUGUGCUAUCAGGUCGUCCGGAAGCAGUGGUUCGUGCACUUCAAAUAUUAGAAGUAAGAGAACAGUUGGAACGUGACCGAGCCGGUGGCAACGUGUCGUCGAUGUCACCCGAACACAUGGACGACGGUGAAAAGGCGUUGCUCCGUGAAAUGUGUAAUGUUGUAUGGCGAAAACUCGAAGAAAAUCCGAAUAAUCAAGAUGUUUGAGCGCAAAAAAGAACAAGUAGACGAAGUACAAUAGAAGAAACGUAUGCAUUUAAAAUGUAAAACAAAAACAAAUAUGAUGAAAUAGAGAAUAUGCAUUAAGUUAUCGAUUACACAAAAUAUUUUUUAUUAUUUUUUUACGUUGUUCAUGACAAUAUGAUAUUUAUUUUUUAGCAUAAUAUUUUUUUUUUUGAAUGGUUUUGAGGCGGAAUAUUUUACAUUCAUUU